AUGCUUCCUUCACAAGAUCAAAGAGUGUACAAUAAGCCAGAAGUUUCACAGGUUGCGGCACUUUGGAUAAAUGGCGGGGAAGAUGGGGACCAUGGCCAUAGGAACAUUGAAGUUAAAACUCACAUCAACCAAUCUAGAAGAAUUCAUUAUUAUUACGGUUGCUAUGACCUGUUACAGUAUCCUUUAAUGUUCCCAUUUGGAGAACUUGGUUGGCACCAGGGAAUUCUUAAAAAAGGCCAAAAACAAAAAAAAAAGAGAAGAGGCGGAUCAAAUGUUACUUCUGCAGGCCUUAUUUCUCCCCAAAAUGCGGGAAAUGUUGACGAUCUGUUGUGCAGCGAACAGGAUGUCUUGGCCCAAAAUGACGCAGAUUAUGUCUCUAUUAAAGAGUAUUAUGCGUACAAGCUCCAAAUUAGGAAGACUGGCAAAUCGUGCUUGCUACGUUUUGGUAGGCUACUCCAGCAGUAUAUAGUAGACAACUACUUCAAACUUGAAACACAAAGGUUAGACUUUUACAGAACACAACAGCAAGAAAUUAGGAAAGAAUUUCUGCAAGGAGUGGUGGAUGCAGUCGCAUCAGGUGAGACCCAAGGUUCAAGGGUCGGUCAACGAAUAGUCUUGCCGUCUAGCUUUAUUGGGGGGCCAAGAAACAUGAGACAAAAAUACAUAGACGCCAUGACAUUAGUGCAAAAAUUUGGAAAACCUGAUAUAUUUUUGAUGAUGACAUGUAACCCGAAUUGGCCAGAAAUCAAAGAACUUAUGAUGCUACAAGAAGAAUCACAAAAUAGAGCAGAUUUGGUGGUAAGAGCUUUCCAUGCAAGACUUGAACUGCCGAAAGAAGACCUCUUUAAGAAAAAUAUUUUUGGUGAAGUAGGAGCCUACACUUAUGUUAUAGAAUUUCAUAAGAGAGGCCUUCCACACGCGCCUUUUCUCAUUAUAUUGAAACCUCACUGCAAGAUGUAUAGGCCGGAAGAAUAUGAUGAGAUUGUGUCAGCAGAAAUACCAAAUGAGAAGGACAACCCUCACUUGUAUAAAAUGGUUGUCAAGCACAUGCUUCAUGGCCCGUGUGGUAUACUGAACGUUGAUAACGUGUGUAUGAAAAAGAAUGGUACCUGCAAAAACUCAUAUCCAAGGCCUUAUUCUAAUGAGACUACUCAAACAUCUGAUGCAUACCCGAUCUACCGAAGGCAAAAAAAUGGAGUGCGAGUCAAAGUUAGGAAAGCUACACUUGAUAACCGAUGGGUGAUACCAUACAAUCCCUACUUGCUAGCAAAGUUUGAUUAUGAAAUAGACCAAUAUCAAUCAGGCAGAUGGGUUUCGGCUCCGGAAGCAACAUGGAGGUUUUACAGAACUGACAAGUUGGCCCAAGACUUGGACUUGACCUACUCUGAGUUCCUAGAUCAUUUUGUUUGGCUGCAAGGCGACACAUUUUGGAAACAUAGAGACCUAGGUGAUUCUGUAGGCCGAAUAGUAGCAGCUCAUUCAAGUGAAGGUGAAAGGCGACUUUUUGCCACCCUUCUGGUUUAUUCAUGUCCCAACAACCCUAGAGACCUGUGGUUAGCUUAUGAGGAUUUAAUGGUGGAAGACCUAUUAAGAUUUAACCAAAUGACACGUAGAGAAGCUAUAAAACAGGCGUUCUUGCAGAGGCUUACUCAUAUGCCGACCUCCAAGAUCAGACAAGAGAAAUUAGAGCUGAACAAGGGCGGUGCUUUCUUUGUUGAUGGCCCUGGUGGUACGGGAAAAACAUAUUUGUAUAGGGCUUUAUUAGCAAAAAUUAGAUCAGAAGCACAUAUAGCGCUGGCAACCGCCACUUCAGGUAUAGCAGCGUCAAUACUUCCUGGGGGUCGAACGGCUCAUUCAAGAUUCAAAAUCCCACUUGACCUGGCAGAAGGAGCAACCUGUAGAGUUAGCAAACAAAGUUCUUUGGCGACUCUAAUUAAAGACUCUAAGCUAAUCAUAUGGGAUGAGGCCCCAAUGGCCAAAAGGACAGCUAUCGAGGCUUUGAAUGAUCUUUUACAAGAUCUCAUGGAUUCAACGGAAAUUUUUGGGGGUAAGGUUGUCGUGCUUGGUGGAGAUUUUAGACAAACGCUCCCCGUGGUCCGCAAGGGUACUAAGGUAGAAACUAUUGCUGCAUGUCUAACUAAUUCUUCAUUAUGA